AUGCUCGGCCGCCAACCCACAACCCACAAAAUUCAGCAGGAAAAUUGCUCUGCAGUGGCAGACACAAGAGGGGACACGGCAGUCUUUGAGGAGGUCAUGAUGGAUAUUGGCUACACAUGUGUAACAGAGAUUCAGGAGCAACUUGUUGCUGCCUGGAGUCCUGUCAUUAUUUUACGAGCAUUGAGUACGCUCACUGGCCUUCACUGUCAGUGUGGCACAGGUAGUGAAGUUCUCACAGGUAGUGGAGUUCUUCAUGCAAUGUCUCACUUUACACCUGUCUAUGUGCAAGGUGUACACCUGUCCAUGUGA